GCCCUCCGCAGGCUCUGCUCCCGCUCGGGCUCCGGCUCCGGCAUCCGCUCCGGCGCGGGCCUGGCCCGGACAUGUCGGCCCCCCGCGCCGGCUUCUACCGGCAAGAGCUCAACAAGACGGUGUGGGAGGUGCCGCAGAGGCUGCAGGGGCUGCGCCCGGUGGGCUCCGGCGCCUAUGGCUCGGUCUGCUCGGCGUACGACACGCGGCUGCGCCAAAAGGUGGCGGUGAAGAAACUGUCGCGGCCCUUCCAGUCGCUGGUGCACGCGCGCAGGACCUACCGCGAGCUGCGGCUGCUCCAACACCUGAAACACGAGAAUGUCAUUGGGCUGCUGGACGUGUUCACGCCGGCCACGUGCGUCGAGGACUUCAGCGAAGUGUACCUGGUGACCACCCUGAUGGGUGCCGACCUCAACAACAUCGUCAAGUGCCAGGCUCUGAGCGAUGAGCACGUCCAGUUUUUGGUGUACCAGCUGCUGCGCGGGCUGAAGUAUAUCCACUCGGCCGGGAUCGUCCACCGGGACCUGAAGCCCAGCAACGUGGCGGUGAAUGAAGACUGCGAGCUCAGGAUCCUGGACUUUGGACUAGCCCGCCAGGCUGAUGAGGAGAUGACUGGAUAUGUGGCCACACGCUGGUACCGUGCCCCAGAAAUCAUGCUCAACUGGAUGCACUACAACCAGACAGUGGACAUCUGGUCUGUGGGCUGCAUCAUGGCCGAGCUGCUCCAAGGGAAGGCCCUCUUCCCAGGAAGUGACUAUAUCGACCAGCUGAAGCGUAUCAUGGAGGUGCUGGGCACGCCCAGCCCCGAGGUCCUGGCCAAGAUUUCCUCGGAGCACGCCCGGACCUAUAUCCAGUCCUUGCCACCCAUGCCGCAGAAGGACCUUGGAACCAUCUUUCGCGGAGCCAACCCCCUGGCCAUAGACCUUCUAGGGAGAAUGCUGGUCCUGGACAGUGACCGGAGGGUCAGUGCGGCCGAGGCGCUAGCCCACGCUUACUUCAGCCAGUACCACGACCCUGACGAUGAGCCUGAGGCCGAGCCCUAUGACGAGAGCGUGGAGGCUGCAGAGCACACUGUGGAGGAGUGGAAGGAGCUCACCUACCAGGAGGUGCUCAGCUUUAAGCCCCCGGAGCCAGCACAGCCACCUGGCAGCCUGGACAUGGAGCAGUGAUG